AAGCUAAAAUGUAACAUAACCUUUCACAAUUUCUUGAAAAUCCAGAGAAUCUUGCCUAUCGCUCUUCCUUACCAAAAAAUUAAGACGUUAACCCUUAGGUGUCCCUUAGGUUUACUAAAUGGGUGAAUACAACAUUUGGAGUGAAAAUCCUGGAGGGACUAAUAAAUGGUAACAAAAGGGAAGUGGAUUCGUUGAGGAUAGGAAAGGAAAAGUGGGAGGACAAGUGGUGAAGUUGCUGGAGAGAAACGUGAUUGACAUGCUCAAUUAAGUUUGGUGUGACAUCAGAGUGGAGUAACAAGAGAAGCAGAGGGAGAGUAGUAGUGAAGCACUAGCUACUGUGAUAGAGCUGCAGCAGGAGGAAGUAAAGAAGUUCCAGUACAUUACAUGCUGUCAGGAAUGACUUUAAGUAAACAGCCUAACUAUACUAGCACACUCAGCAUAUACUGCUACAAAGGUGGCUAUAGUAGCCCGCUUCAUUUGUAUUCAACAAUCGUGAUGCAGUUCAAAAUGCAAUCUAAAGGAGUGUUUUACACGUACUAUCAAGGCUCCAAUCCAGAGGAAGUUAUGAGAAAAUGUGAGGAGGAGGAAUCAUCAUGGACACCAUCAAAAAAUUUCUUCGGCUUCAACUCUCAGAGUGAUAGUACUGUUAUUCACACUUUUGACCAGGAGUGUGUGGGCAUAAAAACGUCAGAUGGCUUCACUGCAUUUGUCGACUUUGUCUAUGUGGACCUCAGCAAAGUAGGCACAGUGUGUCUUGGGAUUUUAUUGGUUUUCCUUGCGGCCAGACUGAGUCGAAAUGAAAUGUUCUUUUAUAUCUGUGGCACCUUGCUUGGCAUUUCCUCGUCAUUACUCAUCAUUGUUUACUUUGCCAGCAAGCUCAUACCUAAGAAAACUCUAAUGGUUGGAGCAAUUGUGGGCAGUUGGAGUGCCAGUCUCUUCGUCAUGAGAUACCUGUUGAAAAAUUUCCAGUACAUUCUGAACGUUUAUUUCAACUAUGUCUUGAGCUACAUUCUUGGAGCAGGACUCAUCAGCUUUGCAGUUUGCUACAGGAUGGGACUGCCUACCAAUCCUCGCUCCAAGAACCUCAUACAAUGGGCUCUGCAGGGUUGCGGCCUGUGUUUGAUCUGGUAUUCUAGUAACCGCUACGACAUGAAAUACGCUUCAGUUUUUUUAGUUUUGGUUGUUUAUAAAUUUUCAACUCUUUUCGGGAACAAAUUCAAAACAUUCUGGUUAUUUAAGUAUCCACAGAAGCGAAGGUUACUUUCAGAAGAAGAAUACAUAGAACAAGGUACUAAAGAAACUAAAAAAGCCUUAGAAAAUCUGAAGCGGUACUGCAGUAGCCCAGACUGCAAUCAGUGGAAGACUGUUAUGCACGUAAAAAAUCCCAGAAGGUUUGCUGAGUUCAUGAAUGGAGCGCCACAUGUUUCCACAGAAGAACUGCUUGCUCAUGAAGCUUAUUCACGCAGCAUACAGGAUGACUUGUACACCGAUGACAGUUCUGAUUCUGAUGCAGCAAGAAUAAGUGAAGAGGGUGAAAAUACAUGAACAAUAACUUGUGGACAUUAUGAAGAGAUAUGACUGCUUAUUUUAGAUGGUUUUAUAAUGCUGGUAAACGUUUUUGGCCGUGCUGUGAAACCGUUUUUUUUUUUUUCAGAACUUCUAUACAUAAAAUGUUACUUUACUUCUCCAGAACUGUUCAACAAAACUGUGGUAGAGUGAAGAAAUUUUGGAAUAUUACAGAGUAUGUAGACUGAAAUUUUGUGCUAAUACGAUUAAUUACAAUUUUAUUGUUUGAUAAUGCUCCUUUUAUAUAAACAGUGAUGUUCCUGUGUGAUUUUUAAAUUAUAUAUCAAUAAAUAUUUAAUUUUUUUUAUUACCUUCAA